AUGUCUGCGCCAUGUGAGGCAGUUUAUUUGCUCUUUUGUUUCUUUUGUUUUUAUCUCAUUUUAAAUAAACACUACAAAUCCUUUGGGUCACUUAUGCUUUUUCGCAGGUUAUUCCAAUCUCCCUUGCCUUCAUCGACGAGUUCUUUGCUAACCAAAUAAUUUACUGGAUAAAUUGACCCAUUUUCUUAGUCUUCUAACUAUUGACAUAUCCGGUUUAGUGGUUUUUUUGUUUGGGAAUCUCCGAUAAGUCCUAAGGUGCAGCAGGUAGUACAUUUACAACCUAUGAAUUCACUGCUCGCUACCGAUAUUUUUUCAAUUAGGCCAACAUAAAUUAUCGCCAGUGAUAGAUCUUUUGCUUUUUCAUGAUCAACAUUUUUGACAUAUUGGAGAAGGUAUCCAAAUCGCAAAAUCUUUAACUGCAUGAACAGAUAGAUGGGCCGCGACAGACAGCUGUCUGUUUUAGAUCGUCCGUUCUAGUAAAUUCCGGUCUUUGUAUGUUUGUCCACGAGUGCACAUGAAUCAUGAUUUACCUUCCUCCUGUUUCAUUGCAAGCUUAAAUAACCCAGUUGCAAUGCCAGUAAAAAAUCCUUCACACUUCGCGCAAAGCAAAGCCUUGCCUAGUUUUGUUUCCAGAUAUCUUUAACAGUCUUGCCUACGCUAUUCCCCUCAUCCGCACAUUCUAUCAGCUCCAACAUUUAGUGCCUUUCACCGGCGUCUUCUCUUUGAACUGCCUCAUUAGCUUUUUAGACUUUCGAGAAGGUUAACCUGAAAAAGGCUAUUGUCUUGAUCAAAUCUUCCCGCACGUUUGGCGUAAGACCGUUUCCUGUCUGUCCAUUUUCGGCGGGACAACUAGGGACACUGUUACUUGAACCAUUUCUUUCCAAUUUUUAAUCAUUUAAAGUUGUUACCCGACAACUUGCUAUUUGGCAUCCUUGUUCAGUCUCUGACUGUACUGAGGCCCAACUCACUCUCUAGUAAUUUUGUUUUAUUGUAAGUCCCACCAGCCCCCCCAGCUUAUGAUGAGAAAAUGGCCGCGAGCGCACCUCCCCACCUGCAACAACCGCCUUUUCCGGGGGCAUAUCCCGUUCAGCAACCGCCACCCCCAACAGGAUAUCCUCCGCCACCGCAAUUUCCCGCUGCCGCACCUCCUUACACAGCAGG